AUGGAGGCGUUGGCGGUGAAGGACGCGGCCACGGCUAAUUCGGACCUCGCCAUGGUGGACACCGUGGUGCGCACUCUUGCGGAACGCCUUGGCGCCUCAAGCCACUGGAGCCAGCGGUUCAAGUACCUGCAGUGCAUCAUAUACAACACGAACCUGGAGGUUCUGGGAAUCCACAGCGUGCGCUGGCUGUCCCGGGGCGACGCGGUGAAGCGACUGUGCAAGGUGCUUGGCGCGGCGAUUGUUCUCUUCCACGAGAAGGAGCACGACUUGUACGAGACGGUGACGUCGUACAAGUUCCAGUUCUGCCUCUUCUUCCUCGCUAACAUCCUCGGCGACCUGAACGAUCUCAACCGUUCAUUUCAGAAGCGUCAGGUCGAUGUUACCGAGGUGUCAAAGACCGUCGAGUCGGUCACUGGCGACCUCAAGCACAGGUACCUUGACACCAAGGCGGAAUUCGGUGGAGCCGGCAACGGGUGGCUCCCGAAAUUUCUGAAGUUGUAUGGGAAGAAGUCGGGGCAGACGGGCCGAGUGCGUGGCGCGGAUUCGGAAGGCCGGCCUGUUAACCACUCGUACAUCCUGCACGAGAUGAAGCUGAAGGACCACGUCUACAAGAGCGGCUACAAGGCCUGCGUCAAGCUCUGUCGCAAUUUCGCGAAGGACGUCGUCGAUCGUCUUCUGUUUCGCCUGGACGACCUGCGGGGGAUGGGUCCGACGAAGCUGUUUCGCGCGUCGAAGUGGCCGAAGAGCAAGAACGCCUGGGAUCGCAAGUGCCAGGAUUGGUUGGUUGGCUGCAGCGCCCUGUUCAAGCACAAGCUCCCGGGGUUUGAUCUCAAGAAAGCCUCGCAAGAGCUGUCAACCUGGUGCCCAAUCAUGGAGUCUCACCACGAGGAAGAGUCCUUCGCACAGGGACUGGCUAACUUCCUGGGGAGCGGCGACGCCCAGAGCCUCAAGAAGAGGCGACCGGCGCAGAGCGUCGUUUUCCCUGCUGACGAUCGUAAGCGCAAGGAGAAGGAACCGGAGGAGGAAGAUGAGGGACCUAGCGAGCCGGCUGGCGAGGAUGAGUUCGCGGACUCAGACGAAGAUGGUGACGACCGGGAGAUGGAUCAGGAGAUUGAGCAGUCGCCGCCCCGGGAUUUCUCAGAAGAAGAAGACAACCCCUUCCUGUCCGAUGGCGAGGAGGAGGGGGAGGAGAUGUACCACAUAGAUAAGCCGGCACACUAG